ACUCGCAAUCAGAAUUGGCUAAUCAUAAAAUAAACUUUCAUUCGGACAAAUUAAAUACUACAUUAUCUAUAAAAAAUGUUAAUUUUCCAUGCAGUUUGUGUAACAAAAAAUAUCGUACGAAAUUUAGUUUACGUCGUCAUACUGAUUCAAGACACAAAUCAUCAUUGAAUAAUCAAGCUAAUAAUUCACCUAGAAAAAAUGUAUCAACACAAAAAACACCUGCAAAAAAAAAUAAUACAAAAAAUACUGCAAAUAAUCAAUUGACAGAUUCAAUGAAUAAUAAAACAUCAGUUAAUAUUCCAUGCAGCUAUUGUAAUAAAAGUUAUCGUACCAAUUUUAGUUUACAUCGUCAUAUUGAGUUGAGACACAAAUCAUUAAAACAACAAAUCUUAAAUAAUACUGAAAUAAGAAAUAUAUUGAAUCAAACUUUAUGCAAUAGUGAUCCAAUAAAUGUAUCAAGUAUUUCAGAGGAUAAUGACAAGAAAUUUUGUUGUCCAUAUUGUCCUAAAAAAUAUAAAUCAUCUAGUGGUUUGAGUGAUCAUAAAAAAACUCAUUUAGGCAAAUAUAUUAAAUGUGAUAAAUGUACAUUUAGCACAAAUUAUCAAAGAAAUUUACGUAUACAUCAAUCAUUGGUACAUAAUAUGGCAUAUGAUUAUCAGUGUGAAUAUUGUAGUAAACAAUAUAAUAUACGUAAAGAAUUAACAAAACAUGAAAGACGGAGACAUCUUGAAUUAUUACCAGCUGAAUCAUAUUUUAAAUGUAAUAAAUGUCCAAAAAUAUAUGGAACAAGAGAAAAUUUAUUAAAACAUUUAAAAAAUCAUCCAAAUAAUAUUAAUCCUAUUUUAUAUAAUUGCGAUGAAUGUAAUUAUACAUCAAAACAAAGAUGUAAUUUAACUCAACAUGUUAAAUUACGUCAUCGAUCUGGAAAAUUUGAUCAUGCAUGUCAAAUAUGUCAUAAAAAAUAUAAACUUCUUAAAUCAUUAAAGUAUCAUGUUAAAAUAAAACAUGAUGCUAAUUUUUUACAUAGCACAUUUGAGUGUGAUUUUUGUAAAAAAUCAUUUCUUUAUAAAGAUAGUAUACGAAAACACAUGCCAAUACAUAUGAGACUUGGGACUUUAUAAUUUUUCUACUGGUUGUAUACUUGUUAAUUAAUUUUUUUUUUUUUUUUUUAGUAAACUUUUGUAGGAAUUGGUGGAUAAUAUUUUUAAGAUUUGACUAGUAAAUUUCGACAAACGAAAAAUAUUAUACUAUUCUAUUUUUUUUUUUUUUUUUCUAUUAUUAUUUUUUAAGUUACUGUAUUACGAAAAGCUGAUUAGCUGAGAUUUUUUAAUAUUAUAAAAUAAUGAAAUGAUAAUUAUGUAUUCUUAAAACUAAAUAAUCAUGUUGAAUAAAAAAAAAUACAUACAUUCCUAAAUUAAAUAAUAGUAAUUUGAGAAAUAUAAAAAUUGUUUUAUUGAUAAUAUUAAUUUUUCAUGUUUUUUUAUUUAUUUUUAGAAAUUGAAAUAUGAUAAUUUUCACUGUGUAAAGUAUUACAGAAAAAUCAGUAUUUUUUUAUUAAUUGAUAAAAAUAUUAAAUUAAUAGUGUUAAUUUGAUGUAAUAAGUUUUUUUUUUUUGUUUUAGAAAUGGAGUUAAUGAAGAAAAUAAUAUUGAACAUAAAACUUGUCGUUGUAAUUAUUUGUUAUAAAAAUCGUUCGAUUGAAUAUAUUAAUUAAUUCCAGGAACAAAAUACCCUCAAGAUAAAAAAUAAAAAUGAAAAAAAAACACACACCAACAACCUUAAAAACAAAUGACGAGAUAAAAAAUAUAACAAGAAAAAAUAUUAUUCAAUCUAAAAUAGUAUUGAUGAUCGACAUGGAAAAUGAUAUGGAAAAAGAUCCAUUAAUGGAUGAAGAAAUAACACCAAUUGCUGAUGAUGAAUUUUUGGAUUGUUCAGUACCUGAAACAAUUUUUAAAAGUAAAUUUGAUUUAAAUGAAAAUAAACAAGCACUUUAUUUGUAUGAAUUAGAUCCUCAAGAAUUUAAUAUGGAUGAAGAUUCUAAAGAAAAAUUAUUAACAUCAUUUUCAUCACAUUUUAUGAGUCAAGAUGAUGAUCAGAUUUUAUCAUCACCAUCAUCAUCAUCAACACAUGAAAUUUAUGAUUCUUCUACAUAUCAAAAUGGAGUGACAUGUGAACAUUGUGGAAAAACAUUAAAAAAUUUAUCUUAUCUUAAAGCACAUAUGAAAAAUCUUCAUUUUCAAUUACUACCAGUUGAUACACAAUUUAAAUGUGAUAGUUGUGGUAAAAAAUAUACAAAUAAAAAUAAUUUAAUAACACAUUUUGAUACAUGUAAAAUGUCAUCAACUGAAAUUCAAAAUAACACUUUAAAUACAUAUCAACAAUUAUCACAUAUUGAUGAUGAUUAUACCAACAAAGAUACAACACAAUUUUUAUGUAAAUUUUGUAAAAAAGAAUACAAACUUAAAUCAAGUUUAUCACGUCAUAUUAGAAAAGUACAUAGUUAAUUAAUGUUUUGUUCAAAAAAAUUUAUUACACUAUUAAAUAUUUUUAUCACUUCACAAAUAAAAAAAUUUUAUCAACACUAUUAUUUAAAAUAUUAAAAAUGUUUUUUUUUUUUUUUUUACAAAAUAUUGUUAUUGUUGGAUUGACUAUAUAUAAUUAAUAAAUAUUGUUUAUUAAAUAUCACUUGGCUUUUGUAAUUAUAGCUAACGAUAAAAUUUCCCUAAAAAAAAAAUUAUAGAAUCAUUUUUUAAAAUUGAGGAAGAAUCAAUGGAUGAUGAAUAUUUUGAUUGUUCAAUAUGUGAAUCAACAUUUGAAAAUAAUUUACUUUUAAUUGAGCAUAAAAAAAAUGUUCAUUCAAG